AUGAGCGCCGCGCGAGAGGCUUACUACCCGGUCGGCCUGACCUUCGUGGCGAUUAACGCCGUCGCCGUUGGAUUGCGAUUCUGGUCCCGCGGCAUUACCAGAGCUGUCGGCUAUGACGACUUUGCUAUGGCCAUUUCCUUUGUCGGGUUUCUAAUAUUUGUUGCCUUCGAGCUUGUCGCAAUUGACAAUGGCAUCGGAUUGCCACCUCCAGAGGCCCCAGAUAUGGCAUAUCUAGCGAAAGCUGUGACAGCCGCCAAAUUCUUCACCAUCGCCCAAAUCGUUUACAUUCUCGCGACAGGCAUCUCGAAAUUAGGUGUGGGACUCGUUCUAUACCGACUCGCCAGCAAUGCCGACAUGCACCUAGUGCGCAUCACCUUGAUUGUGUCGAUGACGAUCGUCGGGAUUUGGUCGCUCGUCACGGCACUUAUUUUCGCCCUGCAGUGCCGUCCCUUGUCGGUGGCUUGGGGCGUAGGCAAAGGCACCUGCCUUUCGACCGAGACCAUCGGCCGCACUGCAAUUGCCCUCUCGGCUAUAGACGUGACUGUCAGCUGGUUGUAUGCGCUUUUGCCCGUUCACAUGCUUCACAAAGCGCAGCUGCGCCUCAAGGUGAAAAUUUCCAUCAUGGUUCUGCUUGGUUUGGGUGCAGUGAGCUCCAUUGCAACCAUCAUUCGGCUCAAGUACGUCAUCGAUGUCACUCAAAUGACGGAAAAUGAAGGUCUUGCAAGUCCAAACAUCAUCCCGAAGACUCUUGAAGCAACAAUCUAUUCCAUUGUUGAGAUUGGACUGAGCAUCUUCGCGGCCGCACUCACGGCAUUGCGCCCCUUGGUGAAGAAGCUCCCAUGCUUCAGCGGGUUCAGCAGCGCCGGUGGCUACGGACCAACGUCGAAGGGUCUCUCGUCGAGAUCGAUGACAGGUGGUGGUCAGGACCGAAUCAAGGGCCCUGUUUAUCGGCUUGAGGACAUGGAGCCAUCGACAGGCGACAGCGAGGAGAAUAUUAUUCACCCCAAGAGGAUGAAUGUUCAGGAGGACACUCGAAUCGAGAUUAGUAUGCGUCGCACUGCGAACCAGUCGCCUUGA